UCUAGACGUUUCGAACGGUACAGGGAAGCAAGAGAGCGAGUGUGGCGGGAGGAAACUGGGAAAAGCUCUGCUUCGCCUCAAUUUCCUUCCAAUUAGGGUUUUACCUUAGAAAGUUUGUUCGACAAGAAAGAAAGCGAUUUCCUGAAUUCCUUUUUCGUUUGAACGCCAUUUUCUUCCAAUCCAAUGGUGCGCUCUAAUGGUGCUAGACUUGCUUACUGGUUUGCUCGCCGCUCCCUCGGUUCGAAGCUCAUCGACGAUUCUUCAAUUACCUUAAACGAUUCUUUGCGCCGAGGGAACUGUCGGGGUUUUGUUUCAGGAAUCUGCAAUUCAUCUCGGUUGUUGGGAUUUGGGAAUUCAGAAAAUGUUAAUCAGAGAAAUGGGGUGUGGGUUGGAAUUUUACAUGACAGUUCGUUCGCUAAGAGAUUGUUUCAUGGGACGGGGUCAACGCACAUGGCUGCCAGAGACUAUUAUGAUAUACUUGGAGUAAGCAAGAAUGCAAGUGCAUCAGAAAUAAAGAAAGCUUAUUAUGGGCUAGCCAAGAAGCUUCAUCCAGAUACAAAUAAAGAUGAUGCUGAUGCAGAGAGGAAGUUUCAAGAAGUUCAGAAGGCCUAUGAGGUCUUAAAAGAUGAAGAAAAGAGACAACUUUAUGACCAGGUUGGUCCUGAUGCAUUUGAACAAGCUGCUGCAGGGGGUGGUGGCCCUGGUGGUCCAUUUGGAGGUGCUGGAUUUGGGAAUCCAUUUGAGGACAUCUUUGGUGGUGGUGGCGGUGGCGGUGGAUUUAAUGAUUUCUUCAAGAAUUUCUAUCAGCGUGGUUUUGGCGGCCAGGAUGUCAAGGUUUCACUUGAAUUGUCAUUCAUGGAGGCCGUUCAGGGUUGCACCAAAACUGUGACAUUUCAGGCUGCUGUACCUUGUGAUGCUUGUGGUGGUUCUGGUGUUCCUCCUGGAACCAAGCCUGAAACAUGUAAACCAUGUAGAGGCUCUGGAAUGAUAUACAUGCAGAAGGGCCCAUUCAGGUUGCAGUCCACCUGUACACAUUGUGGUGGAUCAGGGAAAAGUGUGACGAGCUUUUGCAAAUCGUGUAAAGGAGAACGUGUUAUGAUGGGAUCAAAAUCAGUCAAGCUUGAUAUUAUGCCAGGAAUUGAUGAUAGUGAAACAAUGAAGGUGUAUAGAGGUGGUGGAGCAGAUCCUGAUGGCACUCAACCUGGUGAUCUCUAUGUUACAAUCAAAGUCCAAAAGGACCCCGUUUUUCGGAGAGAAGGCUCUGAUAUCCAUGUUGAUGCUGUUCUGAGUAUCACUCAGGCUGUUCUUGGAGGAAGCAUCCAGGUCCCAACUCUUACGGGAGAUGUUGUUCUUAAGGUCCGUCCAGGCACUCAACCCAAACAAACAGUUGUUCUGAAGAGAAAAGGGAUCAAAGGCAGGAGUUCUGUAUCGUUUGGAGAUCAAUAUGUGCACUUCAAUGUUAGCAUCCCAACGCACUUGACACACAGACAGCGUAAGCUAUUUGAAGAGUUUGCGAAGGAGGAGCAAGGAGAAUAUGAUAAGGGUGCUACUGCUACUGAUGAUGCUGCAGCUGGAGCAUCUGGCUGAGCACUGUGCGCCGAGUGCAUGCGUGGUGAACUCAUUCCUUGAAAUUUAGUUACCCACAAUGGAAUUUUGUAGGAGAGCUUUAGGUUUUGUUUACUUGAACCUUUUUUCUCCCCUUUCUCUUUAUAAUGUCUUUGUACGAUAUUUAAUUAUUUUUGGGUCUUAGAAUCAUAUUUAGUUAUCAAGGCCACAUAUCAAUAGGUCCACAUUCUUCAGGAGCUAAUCAUUGUACAUAAUAAAUAUUUUUUGUUAUGGGGAAAAUGAAUGGAAUCCAGAGUAGUUUCAU